AUGCAAGUGGAUUCAGUGGCGUCCGAGAAGGGACUCUCGCACCACCACGAGGACGUCUACGUUCAAGAUGCCUCCAAAGCUGCUGGUCAAGGUCACGCCGCCACCGAUCAGUACGGCAGGGCCUUGAUCGAGUUCGAUCCGGCAGCAGAGCGUCGCCUGCGCCGCAAGAUCGACUUGUUCAUCCUGCCCACAGUCUCCCUCAUCUACCUGUUCUGUUUCAUCGAUCGUGCCAACAUCGGCAAUGCGAAACUCGCCGGUCUGGAGAAAGACCUCGGCCUCACAGGCUACGACUACAACAUCGUGCUCUCCAUCUUCUACAUCUCAUACAUCCUCUUCGAGAUCCCAUCCAACAUCGCCUGCAAACUGGUCGGUCCGGGCUGGUACCUGCCCCUGUUGACUCUCUGCUUCGGCAUCUGUUCGUUGGGCACCGCCUUCGUCCACAGCAUUCACAGUGCCUCCGGUGUGCGCUUCCUCCUCGGUAUCUUCGAAGCCGGCAUGCUGCCUGGCAUCGCCUACUACCUGUCCCGCUGGUACCGUCGCAAAGAGCUAGCCUUCUACCUAUCCGUAUACAUCGUCAUGGCCCCGCUCGCGGGUGCAUUCGGCGGCCUGCUCGCGUCCGCCAUCCUCACCCUCGACCACUUCGGCAGCCUGCACACAUGGCGCAUGAUCUUCGCCAUCGAGGGCAUCAUCACGAUCGGACUGGGUCUCCUCGCCUUCAUCACCCUAACCGACCGCCCCGAGACCGCGCGCUGGCUCACGCAGGAACAGAAAGACCUGGCGAUCGCACGCCUGAAGUCGGAGCGCGUAGGGACCACCGAGGUCCUCGACAAAAUGGACAAAACCAAGACCCUGCGCGGGAUCUUCAGCCCGGCGACCCUAACCACAGCCUUCAUCUUCCUCCUCAACAACAUCACCGUGCAGGGACUCGCCUUCUUCGCGCCCACCAUCGUCCGCACCAUCUACCCGCACAACAGCGUCGUCUCGCAGCAGCUCCACACGGUGCCACCCUACGUCGUCGGCGCCUUUUGUACGCUCUUGUUUCCCUUCCUCAGCUGGCGCUUCGACCGUCGCCUCCCCUUCUUCGUCCUCGCGCCCCCGCUCAUGAUGACGGGCUAUACCAUGUUUCUCGCCACCGACGACGCGACCGUCCGCUACGGCGCCACCUUCCUCAUCGCCGCCGGCGCCUUCAGCUUCGGCGCCCUCUGCAACGCCCACGUCGCCAAUAACGUCGUCUCCGACACCGCCCGAUCCUCGGCGAUUGGCACCAACGUCAUGUUCGGGAAUAUCGGCGGCUUGGUCUCGACCUGGUCCUUCCUCCCCUCCGACGCCCCGGACUACCAUAUUGGAAACGGGCUGAAUCUCGCGACCUCCACCACGACUUUGGUUCUGGCGGCGGUGAUGUGGGCUUGGAUGCGCUGGGAUAAUCGUCGGAGGGAGAAGGUUGAUAUUGACCGGGCGUUGGCGGACCUUUCGCAGCAGCAGAUUCAGGAUCUGGAUUGGAGGAACCCUGCUUUCCGCUGGAAGAUGUGA